UGGCAUUUCUACUGUCAAACUUCUGCAACUAACCUCAAUUACCGAUUGGGAACGGACCGUGUUGAUUUGGACACAUUACAUUCGUCCGGCAAAUCAACACAGAAUAUUUAUUAGAAAUGGGGAAAGUAAUGUCUGUGAUGAUGCGUAAAGCAAAUCGCUUCAACGUGGAAAACCGUGCACAUCGGCUCCUUGACAAAGAAAAACGAGAUAUUGCUCCCAAGUUCGAAUCGAAUUUGAGGGACAUGGAACGAGUGUUAAAAGAGGAACCUGAUUACAUUGAGAAACAAUCGCGCAAGGACACUGGACUUGACAAUCGAUUGAAACAAGUUUAUGUAACAUCAAAAGACACCUUUAUUGAUCUCGAGAAACGACAGGCGGAAAAUCCGAAUCGACCGCUCCCGCUGGAUAGGGCUGUGGUGCAAGAUUUCGAGUAUGGUUUCAUGGAACCAAGCAGGGUGACGCCCGGUCGGUGCACACUGAGGCAGGCGAUGCAGUUCAUAACGGACCACAAUAGCGAUCCCGAGAAGUGGACAAGGCAGAAAAUUGCGGAAGAAUAUAAGCUAAAAGAGGAGAAUGUAGGAAAAAUUUUGGACUAUUUCCGUUCGUUUCAAAUCUACAUUCCCGACAAGCACAAACGGGAGAACAUCCUUAGGGUGCAGCCGAGAAGCAAUAAAUCCCUACCGCUUAGCGACUCCUCCGACAGUGAUAAAAAGCAGUAACCAGUCAGUAGUCACAAAAGCCUUCCAAUUAGAAAUGAAACUAGCGAAAUAUUUGCCUUUUGUAAAUAAAUUAUGUAUUAAAAGUAAGCAUAAAACAACGUUGUUUCCUUU